UCACCGAAGGAAGCAACAGGGGGUUAUUAACAAGAGCUACACGGACACGGAGUAACAUGGCGAGGGCUGAGAUACCAACAGAUGACCCCAAAGUGACCGACCCUGCAAGUACCUAUGAAGAAGUCGGGUUCGAAGACCCGGAGCUUGCCAAGAAGGAGUCCGACUCCCAGUUGAAGCGAGAGAGUUGCCAGAAGUGGGUGUUGCUGAUCAUUGCCACUGCUCUUGUAAUGACUACAAUCAUCCUGAUCUUGUACUUCGGCAUCAACAACCCAGGUCCCACGUUGCCCGAGAGAGAAGAAGACAGAGGAAGACUCCCUGCAACAUGCACACUCCUCCAUGACACUGCGUUGUCUACCGUGGAUCCAACCAAAUACUUCGAAGAAUCGACGCUACUCAACGACGUGGCACCUCCUCAGCGGACCGGCAGCUUACGGGACGCCGGGGCGCUGCCCACGGGACACUUCGCUUGUAACCAGAUCAACCACGGACCUCUGAAACCCAUACGACAGUUCCCUCACUCCGCACUCAUGACAAAGGAAGGAAUCACCUACGAGGCCUAUACCCUGGAUCGGUGGAACCAAACGGCAAGGCAGGACCCGUUUUAUCAGUUGACUCCAGGGAAGAACGGAGCACCGUGGGAGAAGAUCGUAUCGAUGGGCACCAACUUAAAGCAAAUGGUGUCUGGUCCGGAUGGGGCGCCACUAGCGGCAUUCACAGGGUCAUCAGGAAUUCGUAUAGGUAUCAAGGAUGCUGGCGAACCGAUGCUAACGGACUUUGGGGAGAUGUACGCCAAUUUCUUGUACACAGACACCGAGGGUGGGACCAUGGAGUUGCCCAUAGUCCGAGGCUCGGCAAUGCUGACCCAUCUCUUCACCCAGGCUAACCCCGUGGUGUCACCCCUCUGUCUGGUCGCUGUGAACGGUCAGGACGUGGGAUUUGGGUGUCCCGAAGAAAGAUCAGUUGCUGACAGAGGUACUGGGUAUGUCCGAGCGACAUGCAGUAGGCCGAAUCAAACCAUGGAGAUAGCCCUACAGGUGCAUUUCACGAAAGCGAUCACCGAAGUCGCUGAUGUACAGUGGGCGGCAACCGAGGAGGGCAGAUGGGCGAGCGACCGAGCAAUGCACACCUGCGACAGCACGACAUGCGACAUGGACGACACCGGCCACAACGUCAACAUAACGGUCCCGGCAAACGGCGAAGGAAUGAUGUUCUAUGCGGUCAACGUCAUUGACUACUACGUGAUGCCGGGACACGGGUACGGCAACGAGUACUGGGUGAACAUACCGGGACGUGUACACUGCAGUGACGCGGGUAGUGGGUUGUUCGAGGCUUCUGGUACGCGUCAGCCGGUUUGGUUUUACGGCAGUGCCGGUGUCAGCGGGCAGUGUGAUGGGAGUAGACGAGUGGACAUCACCGUGAGUCUCAGUCACCCAGCAGGUGGACUGGAAGAGAUCCAAUACAUCGUGGCGAGGACGAACCUCUGGGAUGGUUCCCUGCCCUGGUUGACAUGCUUAACGUCCAGCUGCACGCUGUCAGCCGGUGGGACAACGGUUACCAUUUCUGUCUUGGUGACGUACGAUGACGUCAGCUAUGCUGUGAAUGUGAUUAGUCAAUACGUGACGGAGGCGGUGCCUUUUAAUUGGAGACGACAGCCAGAAAUGAUUCGUUGUGACGGGCAACCCGUCAACCCCACCGCCGGACAGACAGUAGAAAUCACCGGUAAAUCCUUCGACUUUGAGCUGUCCGAGCCCCGGCGACAGACCGGCCCAAGCCCCGGCGGGACGCGCAAGUUUGUCGCGUACUUCUCGGAGGAGAUGAAGCUGACGUUCCCUGUUGACGGCUCACCGGGGGUGUUCAGCCCUACGGGAGACGGGACGGAGAAAUUUACUGGCGUCAUGCAGCUCGUAUAUGCAGGUUCUGGUCCAAAGGGGGAUUUGUCCACAGCUAGAAAUCUUGACCAGUACGCCGGGGUAUAUUCCUACAAACCCAAGACAAGAUUCUGCACGGAGGAUGACAAGGGGUACAUCAGCUUUGACUGGAACAAGCAGGGCGGAGACUUCUUCGGCCAAAAUCCGAAGGAAAAUAUCCUGACCGUGGUCCUGCCACAUCAGGAGUCACUUCUUCCCAAGGAGAACCUCGUGGACACACCCUUUGUGUUCAAGGGUCACGUUGGUGAUGUCUGGGUGAUGGAGGAGGAUCUUCCCAGGGCGUCUAUGGAGCCAGACCCAGAGGCAAUUCAGAGAAUCAAGGAUGACCCGGACAAAUUGAAGGACAUCAAAGAAGCCAUGGACAAAGAUGCCGCUCACCAACAACUCUUCAUAGACUGUAGCAAGAGCAGCGAGCCGCAGAGCUACUGGGCGGGCAAGUCCAUCGGAAUGGUUGCCAGGCUAGCCAGCAUCUCUCGGGCAUUGGGGACUGACCACUACACUGAACUGGAAAAGCCACUCCGGAAAUGCCUGGACAUGUGGCUGGGGCUCAAAUGUGGGCUGAGCGAGGUUAACUCUUUCAGAUAUGACACCGUUUGGGGAGGUUUGUUCAUCAGGAGUGCUGAUCCAGGCCAACCAGUCUAUCCAUAUACAAAUUUUGGUUUUGUGUCCUACGCCGAUCAUCACUUUCAUCUAGGUUACUGGAUGUAUGCCAUUGCCUACUAUGCCACCUACCACAAAGACUGGGCCAUGGAAGAAGAGAACUACGACCGGAUCAUGACCCUGGCAAGGGAUGUGGGCAACCCCAGCAAAGCUGACGGGUUCUUCCCCACCGUAAGACAGAAGGACUGGUACCUAGGCUCCUCCUGGGCUACAGGCAUUGGUGGAGAGGCUAGGCAGGAGGAAUCAUCCAGUGAGGCUAUCAACGGCUACCAUGCACUUGCAGCACUUGGAGAGGCCCUUGGCCACUCAGCCUUACGUGCUAUUGGUCAGCUGACCCUAGCUACAGAGAUCCGUGCAACGAGGCACUAUUGGCACGUCCGCCCCUACAACCAGCAUCUGUUCCCACCCCUCAUCAGGGAAUAUGGGGUCAUAGGUCAACUGCAGGAAGACGGCAUCUUCUACUACAUGCUGAACUGGGCAUGCGCGCCCGAUCAGUUUCCACAGACUCACGCUUGCAUCGUGGGCAUUCAGCUUUUACCGAUCACAGCUGUGUCGCAUCUCUACAUGGAUAAGGAAUGGGCUCUUAAUGUCCAAGACAUCUGCCGAUGGGCCAUAGAUCCCACCACAGCACCCGGUGCCACCACCCUUGACCCCAGAUACAACCUGGACCCCGUCAGCACCAACUGGUCGUCCUUCUGCUAUGCACUGAUAUCCAAGUGUGAUCCAGAGACGCAGGCCGAGGCCGCUGAAUAUAUCAAGAGCCUUGAGACUUCGCAGCUCGAGCCCGGUACGGGGCUGGCUAGCACGCUGCUAUUUAUAUAUGAAUCUGCUUAGAGAAAUGAACUCAACAAUAACAUACAAGACAUAUGCUUGAAAGAGGAUUUUCUGAAGAUAUCAGUAAACUUUGGGGAAAUCUUUUUCCUUUUUGCAAAAUGCAACUAUUCAUGAUGGGUAGCUGGACAACUCUUCAUGAUACAUUUUACGGCAUCCCUGAAAAUGGUUCAGUACAAAAGGGUAAUUUCUCAGGAUUUACUCCAUACAAAUAUUUCUUACUUCUAAUCAAAUUCUCAGUUCUUACUCAAUCAGUUUACACCUGAUUAGUGAAACUUCUACUUAACCUUAAAAAAUAAGACCAAUUAUGUAAGUAAAACAAAAUUUAUAUCUCGUCACUGUGUUUUCCAGGCAUGGGAUUUUUUAGAUUUUUGUCUGAAAUCAGAUUUUUCAAUCUGAGAGACAGACAUUAUCAGUGUAGAAAGAAAUACAUCUUUCAGACCUUUCAUCCAAUUUUCAG